AUGGCAUCAACCGAGUUGCAGCCAUGGCCUGAGUUCAUACAAAAGCGCAUCGAAAUGUGGGAUAGAUUAAUGGCUGAGUACAAGGCUGAGAUUGCUAUGAAGAAACCGGCACCCAUUAAAAUUACUCUCCCGGAUGGCAAACAGUUUGAUGGGGAAUCAUGGCGCACAACACCUUUACAAAUCGCGGAGAAAAUCUCCAAGGGCCUUGCUGAGAAUACCGUGAUUGCAAAAGUCAAUGGUGGUGUAUGGGAUCUUGAUCGGCCGUUCGAGGGUGAUGCAACAUUACAACUACUCAAGUUUGAUGAUGAUGAGGCGAAGCAGGUGUUUUGGCACAGUUCAGCUCAUGUUCUUGGAGAAGCAAUGGAGCGCUAUUGUGGGGGACACCUUUGUUAUGGUCCACCUAUUGAAGAGGGGUUUUAUUACGAUAUGUGGCACGAUAACGUUACCAUUUCACAAGAAGAUUUUCCAAAUAUUGAUCAGAUCGUCAAGUGUGCAAUCAAGCGACUGGAAAUGACUAAGGAAGACCUACUCGAAAUGUUCAAGUACAACGAGUUCAAGGUGCGCAUAAUCAAAGAGAAAAUCAACACACCGAAAACGACUGUGUACCGUUGCGGGCCACUCAUCGACCUUUGCCGUGGUCCACAUGUGCGGCACACUGGAAAGAUCAAGGCCAUACAAAUCACAAAAGCAUCUUCAUCAUAUUGGGAAGGAAAAGCGGAAGCUGAAACUUUGCAAAGGAUUUAUGGAAUUUCAUUUCCGGAUCCAAAGCAGCUUAAAGAGUGGCAAAAAUUUCAGGAAGAAGCUGCUAAACGCGAUCAUCGCAAGUUGGGCCGGGACCAAGAGCUCUACUUUUUCAAUCCUUUAUCGCCUGGAUCUGCCUUUUGGUAUCCGAAGGGUGCACAUAUUUACAACACUUUGGUGAACUUCAUAAGGAAAGAGUAUAGAAAACGAGGAUUCACUGAGGUAAUCACACCGAAUAUGUUUAACAGUAAAUUGUGGGAGACAUCCGGCCAUUGGCAGCAUUAUUCGGACGACAUGUUCAAGUUCGAAGUGGAAAAGGAACAGUUUGCAUUGAAACCAAUGAACUGUCCUGGCCAUUGUCUCAUGUACAGCCAUCAGCCUCGUACGCAUAACGAGUUACCCAUCAGAUAUGCUGAUUUUGGUGUUCUGCACAGGAACGAGAUGUCUGGUGCGUUGACUGGACUUAUUCGUGUGCGUCGUUUUCAACAAGAUGAUGCCCACAUUUUCUGUCGCAGAGAUCAGAUAUGGGACGAAAUUAAGGGCUGUCUAGACUUCCUAUCCUUCUGCUACGAAAAAGUGUUCGGGUUCACAUUCAAACUUAAUCUUGCUACUCGGCCUGAGGGCUUUCUUGGAGAGCUUUCGACGUGGGAUGAAGCAGAGAGUGAUCUCAAAGCUGCACUGAAUGAGAGUGGUAGACCUUGGAAAUUGAAUGAAGGAGAUGGCGCUUUCUAUGGGCCUAAGAUCGAUAUCAGUAUUCAAGAUGCGCUAAGGCGUAAUCAUCAGUGCGCGACCAUUCAGCUUGAUUUCCAGUUGCCUCAACGAUUUGAUUUAAGUUACUUCGAUGAGAAGGGCGAGAAACAGCGGCCUGUGAUGAUUCAUCGUGCAGUGUUGGGAUCAGUCGAAAGAAUGGCAGCUAUUCUAACAGAGAAUUAUGGAGGAAAGUGGCCGUUCUGGUUGUCUCCUCGUCAGGCUAAAGUCAUUACUGUGCAUGAGUCGGUGAAUCCCUACGCUAGACAAGUAAAAGAGAAGUUGUAUAAUGCUGGCUUUGAGGUUGAGUUCGAUGAGGGCUGUUCAGACACCUUGAAUAAGCAGAUUCGAAAUGCUCAACUUGCUCAAUUCAAUUUUAUUCUUGUUGUUGGACAAAAAGAAGUUGAACACGGAACUGUAAACGUUCGCACGAGAGACAAUGCGGUGCGAGGCGAGGUGAGCAUUGAUGACCUUCUUGCGAAAUUCCGACGCUUUGCAGAUGAAUACGUGAAAGACACUGAAAAUGCUGAAGAGUUUUCUAAAGGAGUAUCGCCUAAUGGCUCUGAGUAG